AUGGCCGAAUACACCAUCUUCCUCGGCGUCACCAUCGCAAAGGUCGGCCCGCACCUCCCAGCCCUCGUCUUCGUGAUCCGCGAAUCCUCAACGCAAGGCACCGUCUGGCUCGUCUGCCCCAAAUACCGGCGCGCCAUAAUCCCACAGUGGGAGGACGUCUCAGAACGAGACUUUCUCCGGUGUACUGAACUGUGCGGACUGAACGAAGAGCAGGCCGCUGUACUGUAUGAUGAAUUCUCCGCCACGCCCGCGGCGCCAGAGUAUACUUUCAUGGUUAACUUUCUAACAAGGCUUGUUCAGAAGGGUCUUGUUGACUAUGGCGUUGCUGAAGAUGCUGUGUCGAGGACUGCGGCGAAAUUCGAUGCAGCCGAGCGCGAGGGUAUCCGUCAGGCGAUGCACCUUCAGAUGUUUAAGCAGGAGGCACCGGCACCUGCUGAGGCUGCGAGCCAGUCGUCGGCGUAUGAUAUGGCGGAGAUGAGCGCUGCGCUUGCGGGCGAGGAGCAUGAGGGUGGAUUUGAUAUGGCGGAGAUGAAAGCUGCGCUUGCGGUGGAGAAGUGUCAGGGUGGGUUUGAUAUGGCGGAGAUGAUGGAUGCGCUUGGGGAGGUCAAUGCCGAUGAUGAGGUUGCGUUUGAUGAGGACUGGGUGUAUCUUGAUGAGCCGAUUCCCGGGGGACGGGAGCGUGCGAGGAAGCGGAUGGAGAUGUUGGCUGAGGAUUGGAAGUCCUGA